CCUCCUUCCAUUUUCCUUCUUUCUACUCGAGCCAGUCUCGUUCCUUUAGCACAACAACUACUCGGGCAGUAGUCAAGUCUUCUUUUCUUGUAAUUUAAGAGGGCAAAAAAACCGCUUUCUUUUCUAGAAUACUCCUUCACUUUUUAUAUAUACCCUCCCACCCAUCUCCAGUCAAGAUGAAGUUCUCCGCCGCAGCCAUCGCCAUCCUCGCCGGCGUCGUCGCCGCCGCGCCCGUCUCAGAUGUCUCCCGCUCCAGUCAGCGUCGGGCCGAAGGGGACACCGGGGUCGUCCAGCAGCUGCAGUCCACCCUUGCCCGCAGCAACGUCAACGUGGCCAACGUGGCCGGGGCCGGCGCGCAGGCCAGCACCAAGCGCAGGCGCGGUGGCCAGAAGGCUGCCGGCAACCAGGGCAACAACGCUGACAAUGAGGCUGCUGGCACUGGCAACCAGAAGAACAACGCUGAUGGCGGCAAUGCUGCAGAGGAGGAGGACGCGGCUGCCAGCGGCAACCAGAAGAACAACGCUGACGGCGGCAACGCUGCAGAGGAGGAGGACGCGGCUGCCAGCGGCAACCAGAAGAACAAUGCUGAUGGCGGCAAUGCUGCAGAGAAGGAGGACGCGGCCGCCGAGAAGGAGGACGCAGCUGCCAGCGGCAACCAGAAGAACAACGCUGACGGCGGCAAUGCUGCAGAGAAGGAGGACGCGGCCGCCGGCAUGAACAAUGCCGACGAUGCAGCCGCUGAUGCCACCGGUAACCAGAAGAACAAGGGCGGCAAAGGCAACGCGGCCGACGAGGAAGCCGCUGCGGAAGACAACGACGCCGGUAACCAGGAGGACAAGGGCGGCAAAGGCAACGCGGCCGACGAGGAAGCCGCUGCGGAAGGUGACGCCGCCGGUGCCGGCGAGGCCAACAACGCGACCGCCAACGCCGAAGCCGAUGCGGACGCGGGCGCCGGCGCCGGAAGGGCCGCCAAGAAGGGCUCCAACAAGCGCAACAGCCGCUCCCUCAACCUCCACGCCUCGCGCAAGACGGCGCGCAGCCGUCCGGCCCUGCGCGUCUGAAGCCCCCUCUUUCCCAGUCCACGGCAAACGAAUCGGAGGUCAGCUUGAGCCGAUGAUGCCCGGUUUUGGCAUGGUGGCCACCUCACCCUCCACCCUGACCCACCAAGAGGAGGUCCGGGAAGAUGGCUUCUCUCCCAUAGUUCAGAAAGAGGGCAACGGGGGGCCUGUCCGGCUUUUGGCGAGGGGUUCCGCGGUCUGGUCGUCCCCUCCCUCGUUGCUCGGGCUCGGGCUCGGCUCGGCGAGCUGUCGCGGUGGUUAAGACAUUUGACGCGGGUAGUAAUUGAGGGUUAUUU